CCUUUAACAACACACGAGGUGCAUGCAUUCAAAAUAACUACUUUAGUUUUAAGUUUACAGUUUGGAAUAGUGGAUAAAUUUACAAGCUUACAAGUCCACUUGAUAUUUAAAUUUGUUUUCUAUUUUUUAAAGUUUUAAGGGCAAAACAAAGUGGAAAAAUGAUGAAGAAAAUGAUUAAUUUGGAACUCGAGGGCAACGAAAAUGAAGUGGAGGAUGAAACUGAUUGUGAUGUGUGCUCGGCUGAUGAAAUUCAAUCAAUAUUUGCUGAACCAUAUGAAAAUAUAGUUGGGAAGAAAAUUGUGGAAAAUGAUUACAUAUUGCAUUUGGAUGCAACUUUAGAAACAAGUUAUAAUAUUGCUAUUGGUACAUCAGGCUCUGAUGUGCAUGUGUGUAAUCUGAGUGAAAAUGGAUUACAAAGAAUUGAAACAUUUUCAGACAAUGCACCUUGUGUAGGUGUUAAAUUUGAUACAACAAAUAGUAACAUUCUAUUUUCUGGACACAAUGAUAGCACAAUUAAAAUGUGGGACCUGAGGACGCCUAGUAAAACAGUUCAAAUUUUUAAUGAUAAAACGAAUAAAAAACACCCGAAGAAGAAAGUGUUUUCGUGCUUCGACUUGUCAACGAACAGCAUAUUGUUGGCGGCGGGAACGGAACUCCAUGAUUCCGAUGCAUACAUUUUGUUUUGGGACGCAAGAAACUCCAACAUCCUAGGCGGCUACUGGGAGUACCACACGGAUGUCAUUACCCAAGCCAAAUUCCAUCCAAACGAUCCCAAUAAAUUGGCUACAGGUUCCACCGAUGGUUUGAUAAACAUUUACGAUUUAUCGCAGACGACCGAGGAUGAAGCCAUUGAGAACACUUUGAAUACGAAUUCUUCGGUUGAGCAAAUCAGAUGGUAUCCCCACAAAAAAACAUCUGAAAAACUUGCUGUCACCACGCACACUUACGACGCUCAGUUGUGGGACGUGGAAAUGACUGAAAUUUACGCCGAAUUUGAUAGAGAGAAUCUCGCUGAAAACUUAAAACGUAAGAUUCCAGAUUACAUUUACACGGCGGCGAAUUACGUGAAUAAAUCCGGUGAAUUGGUUUUACUGAUUGGAUCAAAUAAUCAAGGAGGCAGAUGUCUCAGAGGCCUAAAAGUGGACAACAACAAACUGAAACCCUGCUACAAUUUCCAGGAAAACAGUCAGAGAAUCCGCAGCUGUUGUUACAAUUCGACGGUCAACAAUUUGCUGACCGCUGGCGAAGAAGGUGUACUUAACGUGUGGAAAUUUUUAUAAUUUACUGUACUUUUGAAUAAAAGUAAUUAAAAAUUUAGUUAUGGUUAUUGUUUUUGACAUGUUUGUCAUAUUU